GAAGGGGAAUGUUUCCUGUUGCGCUGAGGCCGAGGAGCUGGGAGCUGCAAGGAAAGGUGAGCACAGUCACAUUUGGCUGUCUGUGGGAAAAUUACCGGGAAAACUUUGAAGAUUUGGUGUUUUGCCUGAGAGGAGAUUCCUGGGAUACAUUCAGCUGAGUGAUUCUGACCUUUGGACCAGUUCCUACGCGAUCAGGUUACAUUCCAACAGACCUGAACAGAUUUCCUGGUUUGUUUCGUCGUUUCACUUCACGUUAGAGGAGGCCAGAGGAGGAAAUGGAUUUUAUGAAAGGACCCUGCUCCCAUCAGAGCGAACCUGUGGAGGUGGAUGAGAGGAUGCCAUCCUCCGGUGUGGACCUGCCGUGGAUUCCCCCCUGUAAACACUGCAGUGGACAUGAAGAAGACUGUGGUUUUGAGCAAAGGGACCAUGCUGACAGCCAGUGUCAGCAGGAACCUCCAUCAGUAUACCGGGCCUCUCCAGAGGCUCACAUUAUUCUCCCUGCAGCAGCACCAAAACAGGUGAAGCCCCCCCACCCUGCACACAUCUGGCCUCAUCACCCCAGACAGCGGCAGUAUGAACUAGACCUGAUGGAGCAUCACAGCAGAGGUUCUGGGGGCCCUUUCAUCCAGUCCUGGAGCCACUCUAUGGAGGAGGCCGAGUCCUUGGAGCCCCCGCUACCGCUGAUGUCAAACGUUAACGAUGACCCUAGUGCUCGAUUACGACACCCAGCACCCCGACUGCCAGGUCCUUUCCCAUUACCAGGAAGCUGUGUCAGACAGCAUGCAUGCUGCCCUGCAGCUCCCAGUCACAACAACUGGUAUCAUCCAAACAGAUAUGAGUACCCUGCUGGUCCACGUCAGGAGCUUCCACCCCACCAAAAUCUGAAUGACCAUAGGUAUCAGCUUAAAGGUGCUCCACAAGCCCCCAGUGGAUGUGCACGUCGGACUGAUGCCCUACCCAGAGACGUGAUGCACGAGGUUAGCGUGGGCAGCUCCUUCCUGGCUGGUCCUGGAGCUGUCACAAGGGAGGUCAGGAAGACCAUCAGCCUCCCUGAGGAGAGCAGGAAUGUUUUCAUCACCUACUCAAUGGACACAGCCAGUGAGAUCAUUCCCUUCAUCACAUUUCUGAUCAAUCAGGGGUUCAAUCCAGCAAUCGACGUGUUUGAUAAUCCUAUCAGAAGAAUGGGCAUCACCAAGUGGAUGGACAGCUUCCUGAAUGAUAAAUCUGUGCUCAUCAUCGUGGUCAUCAGCCCCAAGUACAAGGAGGACGUGGAGAGAGGAGGAGAUGAUGACCACGGCUUGCACACCAAGUACAUCCACAACCAGAUUCAGCAUGAGUUCAUCCAACAAGGCUGCCUGAACUUCAGACUGGUUCCUGUGUUGUUUCCCAAUGCAACCAAGAAUCAUGUCCCCAGCUGGCUGCAGAGCACCAGGAUCUACCGCUGGCCCACGGACACCCAGGACCUGCUGCUGCGUCUGCUCAGGGAGGAGCGCUACAUCAUCCCACAGCGAGGCGCUGACCUCACCCUCACAGUCCGUCCUCUCUGAUGGACGUCAGAGCAGACAACAGGAAGCUUGUCAAAGGUUCAACAUGUUUAUGUUAGAAAUACAUUAACGGGGAUUACAGUCCCCAGGUUUCUGUUCAUUCAC